AUGCCAUCAUCAUCCCCACCAAACUCCUUUCUUUCCGCACCUACAACAGCAGGCAACGUCCUCACACCCGCGAGCCCAAUCUCGUCACGCGACCCGUCGAUAAGAACCAGCAUUAAAACAGCAACAACAACCUCAAUAGACACGAUCAGCACCAAUAACACUCCUACUAAUGAGACUUCCUCUUCCUCCUCCACACGUCCUCCAACGAAAACACCAUCCGGCUUUACCUUCCCCAUAGACUACAACUUCCCGCCUUUCUUCACCCUCCAACCCAAUGCCCAGACACAGCAGGCCCAAAUGAAGCGCUGGGCGGAUUUGAUCUCGGACUGGUGUCGGUACCACGGUACAUUUCGGCUUUCGUUGGUUGAUGCUGUUGAUCUUCCUUUAUUCCAUAAUGCGCGCUUGAAGAAGAAGGUCGGGUUGUUGGAGGCGAGGAGGAUUGUGGAUUGGAUGGCCAAGGCCCAGGAAGAUGGCGGAGGAGGGGGUCGAGCUGAAUGGGUUCCGGCGGCGCCUGGAGGAGGCGGUAGCGGGUCUUCGAGAUCAUCGGUCGGUGAGAAGACUGUUGCGUGGAUAUGGUGGAGGAGACCGGAGGACUGGGCUAUAAUGAUUGCGGAUUGGAUUGACGAGACGGCGCAGAAGAAUACUGUUCUUACAGUUUAUGAGUUAAUAAACGGGGAUGCUACUAUUUCACAAGAGUUUCAUGAUAUGGACCCCGAAGUCAUGCUCAAAGCCCUGAACAUACUCGUGAAACGAGGCAAAGCUCAGAUAUUUGGCGGCGAUGACGAAAAAGGUGUUAAAUUCUUUUAA